AACUUUAUUCUAUCUCUAUAUCUGUCUGGGUAUAUGCUAUUAGAAAGACAGUGCUAGUACUCAAGCUGGAACUACCGUUACCGACAUGUCUUCGCUGAAUGAAAAACUCGAAGCAGCACUCGACUCGCGUCGUCGUCGAAACAUCCUGCGUCGUUUACCAGAGCCAACGUCUCCUACAACAGACCCGUCAUCAACAAACGAAGAGCAGCAGCUAGUCGACUUCGUCUCAAACGACUACCUCUCCCUAACAUCCUACCAACCUCUCCGCACACGCGUCCUCAGCGCGCUCUCGCGCUCACCAGCAAUCCUCGGUUCAGGUGGCUCUCGACUACUCGUCAACCCCUCCGGACACGACCAACUUGAAGAUCGGCUGAAAACCUAUUUCGAUGCACCAGCGGCACUAUUGUUUAAUAGUGGGUUCGACGCGAAUGUGAGUUUGUUUGCGUGUAUACCGCAGGAAGGGGAUGUAGUUGUGUAUGAUGAGUUUGUGCAUGCGAGUGUUCAUGAUGGGUUGAGGGCUUCGAGGGUUGUUCGGUCUUCUGGAGGUGAAGAGGAUAGGACGUUAAUACCAUUCGAACACAACUCUCUCCCCUCCCUCCGUCGCAUCCUCCUCUCCCUCCUCUCCUCCCCAUCACACGGCACAUCCCUACUCAAAGGCUCCUCCAGCGUCUUCAUAGCAGUAGAAGCACUAUACAGCAUGGACGGCACACUCGCUCCUCUCCCAUCCAUCGUCUCCCUCCUCAUCGAAUUAUUUCCACGCAAAAACGCACAUCUUGUUGUUGACGAGGCGCAUGCUACGGGGUUGUAUGGUCCACUUGGGAGGGGAUUGGUGGCGCAUUAUGGGCUUGAGGGAUGUGUGUUUGCGAGGUUGUGUACGUUUGGGAAGGCGUUGGGGAGUAGUGGAGCGGUGGUGUUGACGAGUCAACUUGUGAAAGAUUACUUAUUGAACUAUGCAAGGCCGUUGAUAUACACUACUGCACUCAGCUGCGCAAACAUAGUUGCUAUCAACUGCUCGUUCGAUCUAUUAGAAGACGGUACCACGACAAAACUCGCAAACAACCUACAGACACUCAUCAAAUACACACUAGACCUCCUCCGUUACCGUCUCUCCCCUUUCCCGCCUCACCUAAUCGCUCUACCACCUCAUCUAGACCUCCCGUCCACCUCUCCUCACACAAACCAAACCAACCAACUACAACUCCACGCGCCAAUUAUACCAAUAAUGACACCCCUCCCUCGCCCUCUCUCCAUACACCUCCGCAAUCUCGGGCUCAACGCACGGCCCAUAUCGUGGCCGACGGUACCGAAGGGUAAAGAUCGAGUCCGUGUGUGCUUGCAUGCGGGGAAUUCGAAGGAGGAGGUGGAGAGGCUUGUUGAUGGAAUUGUUGAGUGGGCUGAGCGGGAGGUUCGAAGGAGGGCUAUGCCAACGGGAACGAGAGAGUUAGAGAGGGAGAGGGAGUUCGUGUCUGUUUCUGUACAGGCGAAACUCUGACUGCGCGAGACCUCUUUCUGUUGUGCAGUGUCAGUCGCACCGAACCUCAAUACACUUACUCGUCGAGUUUUGCGUGGUGUCAGUCGCGGAGAGCCUCGAUCUCCUUAGCGCUCGACUCUAGGUACUCGUCGAGUUUACUCUGGUACAUGGGAGGUAGUUUAGAUAAAGCUCGUAACCGAGCAACUGAUUCUCUGUUAUGUUGUAUUGCUGCGAGUUGGGCGUGCUUGAUCGUCCCGGAAACAUGUACAACGUACGGCAAGUACACUUUCCCCUGCAUCUUUUUGAUCAGCGUAACUGCACCCCAUGCUAUACGAUGAUGGUCCCGAGCAACUCGGAUGAUACAUAGGUUCGUCGUUGGUGAGAAGUAUUUCACUGUUAGAGAAGACCCG